AGCGAUUCCUACGAGCAAGUUUGUCAACAUUCAACAUCAAGUGCUGAAACGACAGAAAAUGAAAACCAUUGCAGCCAUUGUUUCUUUCGCCCUGAUUGUCGGGUGCAUGGCAGUCACUGAGGAACAGAAGGAAGCUGCCCGCCAGCUGGCCGGAAAAUGCAUGCAACAGACGGGCACCUCGGAGGAAUCUGUCCAACGUCUUCGCAAUGGCGAUACAUCCGGUGCCGAUGACAACACCAAGUGCUUCGUGCAGUGCUUCUUCCAGGGUGCUGGAGUCGUCGAUGGCGAAGGAAACAUGCAGGAGGCAUUUGUAACGGAAAAGCUGGCCAGCGAAUACGGUCAAGCCAAGGCCGAGGAAGUCGUUCAGAGAUGUAGAAACAACAGUGGUGCCAAUGCUUGCGAACGCUCGUUCUCGCUGUUGCAGUGUUACAUUGCCAACAGAGCCAGUUUAAUGUAAAGUGAUGACGAGUGAUUUUAAAGGAAUCUUGACCGUUUUUUUUGGAUGUUCAUCGAAUAAAGAAAUUGAGCAAAAAUUA